CUCGACGAAGAUGGAAACUGAGCUAGCAGUGAGGCCGUGACUUACAGCACAGAAUUCAGGUGGCCCCACAUGUUAAUCCGAAACUGCAGAGGCUGCCAUGGCCGGAGCCAAGGCCGCGGCAAUCGCCACCGUCACUACCCUGGCGAGCGUGAGGAUGUUGCCGUGGGCCACCAGGGCGCACCUCAACCCGACCGGGCAGGCCCUCAUCAUAUCCACCGUCGCCGGGAUGGCCUACUUCAUCGUCGCCGAUAAGACCAUCCUCUCCAUGGCCAGGAAGCACUCCUUCGAUGACGCACCUGACCACCUCAAGAACACCUCCUUCCACUAAUUAGACUAUAAUAGAUCCAUUAGUAGUGUGCAAUAAACUGCAAACACUUAUCUGAUUAUGAUGUUCAGCCAGCUGAGAAGCGACGACUUAUCUGACUAGUAAUGCGC